CGAUCCCCUUCUAUUUGUAUCAUACCCACGAUGGCGCACGCUGGUCUCAAGACGGUCAUCCUGCUCUCCUUCGUGCUUGCCGUCGGGUUCUUGAUGAUCAUCCUGUCGUGCGCUUUGUGGUCGAAUUGGCUGCCUCUCCUUGUUGCUCUGAUCUUCGUUCUCGCACCCCUUCCCAACGCCCUAUUCGCGCACUGCGGAGGUGACGACCUCACUGCCGAUUACGAGGGCUCGGGACCUGUAGACCUUGGCCGCUUCCUCACGUCGUUCGUAGUCGUCACUGGUUUUGCCCUCCCACUUGUGCUAGCGCACUCCGAGAUAAUACGGCCGGGGGCGUGUGCGAUGUCUAUCAUUGGCGGAUCGCUCGUCUAUGGGACAAUACUAGCCUACAGUGCUGCCUUCAGACAAGAAGAGUCUGACUUUGAUUAAGGCGAAUGCGACUAGCCGACGUUGUAACGCUGUGCUAUCCCGGAUCUAUGCGCUUGUUGUACGCCAUAUAUAUUCAAUGCCUUUGCAACGCCAUCACUGCAGUUGGUGCUCUGGGCCUCUGCGUGGUUCCUCCGCUUGUGUACGACCAUGACUUUGAAUUACCUUGAAUCCGAGUAGCAUGCCGAUAGCCGAUAGCCCUAUGACGAGAAUAAAUGCAGGGAUCCGGACUG